CAGCACCGGACCAGACUGAGUGUCUGCUUCACUCACCACGACCUGCUCUGCACCAUGGGGAAGAACAAGCUGCCCAGCAAACCAAACAUCUUCCUCCUUCUUCUCUUCUUCCUUCCUGGAAAUACCUCUUCCAGCGCAGAACCGCAGUAUAUGGUGCUACUUCCCUUUCUGAUACACACGGAUUCUCAUGAGAAAGUCUGUGUUCAGCUGACCCACCUGAAUGAGUCUGUGACUCUGAGUGCCACACUCGAGCAUCAAGGGGAGAACAGAAGCUUGAUUGAUGAUGUGGUGUCAGAGAGGGACGUGUUCACCUGCAUCCCUUUCUCUCUUCCAAAAUCCAAUAGCACAUCAGUGGCAUUUCUCACUGUGACGGUGAAGGGGGACACACUGCAGUUCAAGAGCCGCAAGUCAGUGCUGGUCAAGAAUUCUGAGAGCUUGGUCUUCAUCCAGACAGACAAACCCAUCUACAAGCCUGGGCAAACAGUUAUGUUUCGGAUCGUCUCUCUGGACAAAGACUUCUACCCGCUGAAUGAGAAGUUUCCAUUUGUCUAUGUUCAGGAUCCCCAGAGGAACCGUGUGUACCAGUGGCAAGGGGUGGAACUAGAGACAGGCCUUACACAGCUCUCCUUCCCCCUCACGUCAGACCCCAUCCAGGGCUCCUACAAAAUAGUUGUGCAGAAGAGCUUCUCAUCCCAUGUGGAACACUUCUUCAGUGUGGAGGAAUACGUGCUGCCCAAGUUCGAGGUCCUGGUGAAAAUGCCCAAGAUGAUCACUAUUAAGGACAACGAGCUUCCAGUGUCUGUCUGUGGUCUGUACACCUAUGGGAAACCUGUUCCUGGUUUGGUGAACGUCCAAGUGUGCCGUAAAUUUUCCCAUUCUGCUUCAAGUUGUUAUGGAAAAGAGGCAGAGUCUGUGUGUGAAGAAUUCACUAGGCAGGCAGAUGCUCGUGGGUGUGUUUCUGGUCUAGUGAGGACCAAGGUAUUUCAACUCCAACGUAGGGGAUAUGAGAUGAGCAUUGAGGUACAAGGAAAGAUCACAGAAGAUGGCACAGGAAUAGAAAUUACUGGAACAGGCUCCUGUGGUAUCACACCCAUUAUGAGCAAAAUCAGCUUUGACCUGCUGGACUCUCAGUACAGACCAGGAAUCCCACUCUUUGGGAGGGUGAAGCUGGUCGAUGGCACUGAUGAUCCAAUUGCCAAUGAAACCAUCAUGAUUUCUGUGGAUGGAGACAAAUACAAAGGGAAUUACACUACAGAUGAGCAGGGACAGUCCUGGUUUUCCAUAGACACUACCACCUUCACACAAGCCUCCUUGGAAAUCCGAGCAGAUCAUAAACCUGAACUGAACUGUUACGACAGCAACUGGAUCACACCAUCAUAUGAGCAUGCCAUGCGUCGGAUAAGUCGGUUUUACUCCCCCAGUAAGAGCUUCCUCAAAAUUGAGCCAAAACCUGAGACAUUAAGUUGUGGCUCCCUCGCAGAGGUCCAGGUGCACUAUAUCUUCACACAGGAGGCCACAGGGGAGCAGAAGAAAAUUGUCAUUUACUACCUGGUGAUGGCCAAAGGAGGAAUAGUAUUAGCAGACACCCAUGAUCUGACUGUGAAUGCUGGAGACGCUUAUGGGACAUUUCAGCUGACCCUCUCUGUUGAGGCAGCAAUUGCUCCCCUGGCACGGAUGCUUGUUUAUACCACUUCACCCAAUGGGGAAGUCAUCGCCAGCUCAGCAGAUUUCCAGGUUGAAAGCUGUCUCCCCAAUAAAGUGAGACUGAAUUUUGUACCCAAGGAAGGUCUUCCUGCCUCCAACACACACCUGAAACUCCACACCACACCAAGGUCCCUGUGUGCCCUCCGUGCUGUGGACAAGAGCGUUCUCCUUAUGAAGCCUGAAAAUGAGCUCUCUCCUAGCUCUGUGUAUGAUCUUCUUCCACUGAAGGAAAUCCGAGGUUAUGCUUUCAAAGGCUACUACCUGGAAGAAGACAAUGUAAACCCUUGUGUGUCACUUGACAAUAUGUUACUAAAUGGAUUUGUCUACAUACCCAUUUCUCCUGAUGGCGAAGGUGAUGCCUAUGACAUUCUCAAAGAAUUGGGCUUAAAAGUCUUCACUAGCAGCAAGAUCCAUAAGCCUGAAGUCUGCCAGCAUUACCCAGGACACAUGAUGGAAAGGAGUUACAGUGGUUCUAUCACUGCAAUGAAUCUGCUUGAAGAUUUGGAGUAUGACAUGGCAGAAGGUAUGGUUGGUGACAAUACUGUAGAGACUGUCCGGAAGUACUUCCCUGAGACGUGGAUCUGGGACAUAGUUUCAGUGAACUCUGAGGGAAAUGCUGACCUGGAUGUGACCAUCCCUGACACCAUCACCGAGUGGAAAGCCAAUGCAUUCUGCACUUCAGCAGACACAGGCUUUGGCCUGUCCCCGACAGUGUCCCUCAGGGCCUUCCAGCCCUUCUUUGUGGAGCUCACCAUGCCCUACUCUGUAGUGCGUGGGGAGUCCUUCAUGCUGAAAGCCACCAUUUUCAACUACCUGACUGCCUGCAUCAGGGUCAGUGUGUCCCUGGCUGAAUCUACUCAUUUCCUGGCUAUACCAGCAGAGAAACAGGAAGAAUCCUACUGCAUCUGCGUGAAUGAGAGAAUAACUGUGGCUUGGGCAGUAACACCAAGAUCUCUAGGGCAGGUGGAGUUCUCGGUGAGCACUGAGGCCCUACAGAACCAGCAACCCUGUGGGAAUGCAGCUGUGGAGACCCCUGAGAAAGGGCGGAAGGACACAGUCAUCAGACACCUUCUGGUAGAGCCGGAAGGGACAGAAGUGGAAACUACGUACAACUCUGUGCUCUGUGCAGCUGAGAAGUCAAUGCCAGAGACAGUCUCUUUGGUUCUCCCAGAGACUGUGGUGGAUGGCUCAGCCAGAGCGUAUUUCUCAGUGCUAGGUGACAUCAUGGGCACUGCUAUGCAGAACCUGCACCAACUCCUCCAGAUGCCAUUUGGCUGUGGAGAGCAGAACAUGGUCCUGUUUGCACCCAACAUCUAUGUCCUGGACUAUCUGAACAAGACAGAGCAGCUGAGUGAAGAAGUCAAAUCCAAGGCCAUUGGAUACUUAGUGAGCGGGUAUCAAAGGCAAUUGAAGUACAAACACUGGGAUGGUUCUUACAGUACUUUUGGGCCACGUUAUGGGCAAGUUGGAAAUACCUGGCUCACAGCCUUUGUCCUCAAGUCUUUUGCCCAGGCCCGGCCUCACAUCUUCAUAGAUGAGAAGCACAUCCAGGAUGCUUUGAUCUGGCUUACUCAAAAGCAGAAAGAUAAUGGCUGUUUCCGCAGUUCUGGGACACUCCUGAACAAUGCCAUGAAGGGUGGAGUGAAUGACGAGGUCACACUGACAGCCUAUAUCACUAUUGCAUUGCUGGAGAUUCCUCUGCCUGUAACUCACUCAGUGGUGAGGAAUGCUCUGUUCUGCCUGGAAACAGCAGCAGAUCAGAAAGAAAACCACGUAUACACCAAGGCACUGCUGGCAUAUGCAUUUGCCCUGGCAGGGAAAAUAGACAAGCGGAAGACAUUGCUUGACUCACUUGAAAAGGAAGCCGUGAAAGAGGAUGGGUCUGUUCAUUGGCAGCGGCCUGGGAAAGAGCCAGAGGUUGAUCUCCCAUACUAUCACCACCGAGCUCCCUCUGCUGAAGUGGAGAUGACAGCCUAUGUGCUCCUUGCUUACCUCAGCUCUCAGCCAGCACCUUCCCAGGAGGAGCUGUCAUUUGCAUCUCGUAUUGCAAAGUGGAUCAGUGGUCAGCAGAAUCCCAAUGGAGGCUUCUCCUCCACCCAGGACACAGUGGUGGCUCUCCAAGCCUUGUCCCUGUACGGAGCUCUCACUUAUGCCAAGAGCAGGGCAGCUUCCAAAGUGAGGCUGCAAUCUGGAGGGAACUUCCAGCAAGACUUCCAAGUGGAUCCCACCAACCGGCUGCUGCUCCAGCGUGUGUCCCUUCCCCGGGUGCCAGGGGAGUACAGCGUGGAGGUGUCUGGUGAAGGAUGUGUCUACCUGCAGACAAGCCUGAGGUACAACGUGCAGCCCACGCAGGAGGAUGCACCUUUCAUGCUUCAUGUGUACACCAUCCCAGAGACAUGUGUGGACUCCAAGGCUCACAAGGUCUUUGACAUUGGCAUAAAUGUCAGUUACACUGGGGAGCGCAACAGCUCCAACAUGGUGAUUGUUGAUGUGAAGAUGCUGUCGGGAUUCAUCCCCUUGAAGUCCUCAGUGAGGAAGCUCUCAAACACCUGGUUUCACCAGAUCCAGCGGACGGAGGUGAACCCAAAUCAUGUUUUGCUCUACAUAGAACAGCUGAGCAGUGAGACCCUCAGCUUCUCCUUCACCGUGGAGCGGGACAUCCCUGUGCAGGGCCUGAAGCCAGCCCAGGUGAAGGUCUAUGACUACUACGAGACAGAUGAGUUUGCCACACAGGAGUACAGCGCUCCCUGCACCACAGAAGAAGUAGACCAGGGCAAUGCAUGAAGAAUACUCCCAGAUGCUGGAACCCACCUGCCUCACUACCACCCCUAUCUAUGGAGUGACAUGAAUAAUGCCUGCAAGGAAUGGGAAAUUAACUUUACAAAUAAAUUAACUGUACUCACCAAUGAUUUUUGAACAGUUUAUUACCAAUUCUGAUUUUUUUGUGCUCAGCUUUCAGUCACAGCUUUAAUCUCCCUGGCUUCUUAAGUUGAAGAGUAUACUAUCCAGGAAUGCCUGUGUGCAGUGUAGUAAGGCUGACAAGUGAGGAAGAAAAAAAAGAGGACCGAAUUAUUUAAGUUGGGGUCAGCCUUUCUAAUGUAUCUCUGUCUGUGCUAUGUUCUUUGAACUUGUCACCUGUGAUCCUGUAUAAUCAAUGUAGAAGGACAGGUACUUCUUGGGAACAAUUUCUCUCCCCUGGCUUAGAAACCAUAACCUUGAUAGAAUUGAUCUCUGCUGAUGGCUAUCCAUGUCUCCCACAAGUAGGCAGCCUGAAUGACCAGCUAAUGUUAAAAGAAAUUCAACCUCUGUGAUCUUCCCUGUAGGCAGCCCUUCUGGGAUUGUUUCUUGUUUGUAGAAGAGUGGAAAGAGGCAUAAUCUGCCCUCUUCUAAGAUUACAGAGUGUAUGGUGGCAGAAGGAACGUGUGCAUGCAUUAUGCCUUCAGCUGCUAACUUAGCCUGUUCUCCAGUUGGAGCUUGUGCCUUCUUGUGGAAACUUCCAUGCCUUGUGUCUGCUGCUUCUGGGAGAUUCCCAAGGAGAAGCUAAUGGCAUUUGCCUUUAACCUACCUGCCUAAGCCUAGUCUAAAUGGCACAUUUAUUUAAAUCAUAGAGUUGCUUUGAUGAAACUCUCUAUAGGCCUCUUAGAUUUCUCCAGGAAUGCUCCCCUUUCCUUGGUUUUGUCUCAUUAAUUUGUGUGUUUAACCUUUUGAAUGCAGAAAGAUCUCACGUGACUGUUUAUUCUCAUUAAAUGCUUAUUGCUAGGUAUCAUGGCAUACUGUGUAUCCAAAGUAUGUUCCAUCCAAUUUUUUUUAGUGAGCCUGUACAAACAAUGUAAUUGAGAAUAAAUAAAAUUCUUCAUCUAUUUUGCUACAUAUUAA